UCAUAGGAUAUUUUGGUAAUAUUUGGAUAAUUUUAACAGCAUCUUUUCAACUGAUUUCUUCUGCAGAUUAAAAAUUCGAAACACCUGAUGAAGAAGAUGUAAAAUUCGUAAUCGCGUUUUCGUGGGAAUGAUUUUUCUACCAAAUGUUUGGAAGUCUAUUUGAUGACGAAAGGCCGGUUGGUGCGAUGACUAACGUGCACACAUUGGCCAUACCAAGACCCCCAAGCCGAAGAUUGUCAUGUGGAUUGAGCGGUAUAGAAAAUCAAGGAGCUACUUGUUACCUGAACUCUCUUUUACAAACACUUCUUUACACCCCAGAGUUCAGAGAGGGCCUGUUUGGCUUAUCGGAUGCUGAGCUUGGUUCUCUGGAAAAUAGAGAAAGGGGUGGAAAAGUUAGAAUAAUUCCUCUUCAGCUUCAGAGGCUAUUUGCUAGAUUGCUCUUGGUCGAUCAGCAAGCUGCAUCUACCACUGAGCUCACUGAUAGCUUUGGAUGGAGCAACAAUGAGGAACUUCAGCAACAUGAUGUACAAGAGCUUAAUCGAAUUCUAUUUAGUGCUAUUGAUUCAUCCCUCAUUGGAACUACGGGUAAAGAUCUGAUUUCUAAAUUAUACCAUGGAUCAACAAUAAGUGAGAUUGUGUGUCAAAUUUGUGGCAAAAUCAGUGAAAAAGAAGAAGACUUUUUAGAUUUAAAUGUAAUUGUAGCUAAUUACAAUAAUCUACAAGACAGUCUUAAUGCAACGUUCCUACAACAAGAAAUCAUGAAGGGUAAAAAUCAGUAUCGCUGUAGUACCUGUUGUAAUUUAGUCGAUGCAAAGAAGGGUUCAAAAAUUAAGUGUCUUCCUCCUAUUCUGACUUUCUCACUUUUGCGCUUCAGCUACGAUAUAGCUAAAGGUGAACGUUAUAAAGAAACUGGUAAAUUUAUUUUUCCAUUCGAAAUUAACAUGGCUCCUUACUGUAAUAAGGAGAUGAGCACAGAAGAUUCCACAUAUGAACUUUUUUCAGUUGUAAUCCAUAGUGGUUGUAGCUACGGGGGCCAUUAUCAUGCUUAUAUUAGGGAUGUUGAUUGUUUGGGAAAGUGGAUGCCUCCAGAUGAAGAGCUCAACAAUAUUUCAAAUGCAUCAAGCAAAGAAAGUGUUGAUGCAUAUGAAGAUCCAAUAACGUUAAUUAAGGAAAUAUUAUUAGAAAAUGAAGAUCGUUGUCUUCCUGUUGAAUUUCUGUGUGGGGAAAUUAACAAGGUAACUGGGCUGUCUUGGAAUAAGAAAUAUAAAAGUACAUAUGGUCUUAUUGCUAAGUUCCUUCAAAAGCAUAGUGAUGUAUUUUACUUCAAUAAUGCCACAAAUAUAGUUUAUUUAAAAAAUGAAGUUGUUAAUUCUGAGCCUGUUCCUGGAUGCUCAACUUCAGCUGCUUGUGAUAGUGAAAACAUUUCCAGUAGUCCAAAAGAGAACAAAAAAUACACCCUGAAAUUAAAUUUUUUUGAUAAGAAAAGGUCUCAGAAUAGUUUUGCUGCUUUUAGUCAAAACUGGUUUGAUUUCAAUGAUUCUAGAGUUAGUUCUAUUCUAGUAAAAGAUAUUGAAAAACAAUAUUCUGGUAAAGAAAGUGCCUAUAUGCUAUUUUAUCGAAGAAAAUCCUUGUUAAGGCCUUUAGAAGCUAGAGGUAAUCCAAAGUACAUGAUGCCAGAAAGACUCAUGAAACUAGCUGAAGAAGAGAAUGCUGAAUUAGAGAGACAGAGAGAAGAGUAUGAAACUGCUCUGAAUACCAUAAAUCUUCAAGUGCACUUAGGAAACAAUUAUAAAUGUUCUAAUGGUGUUCUAGAAGCAAAGCCCAAUGAAGUUUGCAGUUUGGAUUUAGCUAUUGACAAAAGGAAGCUAUUAAUGGAUUUGAGAGAUAGUAUAACCAAGUUGUGUGCUGGUUUGUACUCUACUCAAGAAUUCGUUUUGCAUACAGCUCGUGAAGUGCCAGCUGGUUUGCAUCUGUAUGAAGAACUAUCAGAAUCUCAAAAUUUGGAGACAUUAAAAGAUUUAGGGGUUUUGGAAGGAACAAAAGUAUUUGUUUGGGAUGGCUUACAAGUUGGAGGUGAACAUUUUGCAAUUGGUGUUGCUCACGAACCUGUGUUAUUGAACAUCACAGUUACCCUUCCAAAUGGAGAAACUACUGAAAUGUCCAGAGGUUUUCCCAAAACAACUACGAUUGGAGAACUGAAAGCUCUUAUUAGCAGCUUAGCCCCUCUGCCUUUAGAAGAUAUUAGAGUUAGUAGACUGGACUUGCAAGGUGAAGAUGCGAGGCUGUCUCCUUUAAAUGAAAGUCAUGAUACUUGCACACUUGCAGAAUUGUCUUUUAUUGAUGGUGAUAAUAUAGUCGCUGAUAAUAUUAAAGAUGAAGAAAUGCAAACCAAAGAAAUUGGGCAAAACCAAGUGACUAUAGUAGUUCAGAAUUUCUAUAAGGAAAUGGCUUUGUCUGAAAAUUCUCAUUCUCCUGCUCAAUUGGUAGAAAUUACUCUAGAUUCUGAUAGUAUUGUUGAGAAUUUAAGAGCACAGGCAGUAUUCCAGUUAGGUUUAGACAGCAGUCGAAGUUAUAUUCUACGAAAGUUGAUUAAUGGCCAAAAUAGAAGACCACCUUUGUAUGAACACCAAACAAUCCGAGAAGCUGGUUUAUUGGAUGUGUCAAUAGUAACCAUUGAAGAAGGCUCACCACCCCUAUUUAAACAAAUUACUGUCAUAUUUAAUGUUGGAGUAGGAUUAGGAGAAAGUCCAGAUUUUGAAAUCACUGUGAAUAAAAACAUUAGUGUUCCUGAAUGCCUUAGGCAGAUGCUGUCUGUAGCUGGACUUAGUGGAGAUACCUGGCAUUUAAGAAAAACGAAUUGGUGUGGCGAGCCUAUGGAACAACUUUCGAUGGAUGCAACGUUAGAAGACGAAGGGAUUCAACAUGGUGAAAACAUGUUGGUCAUGGAAGGGCGUGUACCACCAAAAGGCUUUUUGAAUUUUACUAUUUGGUUCUUCCCGACUCUCGAAAGUAUCCCAAAUCCUCAAAAUGUAAAUAUGAAUGGACUUCAUAGUGGAAUUGAAAAUCUACUUCAGGAUCUGACUGAUUCUGUGUCAAGAAGUGAAGCAAAUAUAAGUGUAAAGCUUGGUGAGGUUGAAUUGUCAUGUGAAUCAACUGUUGGGGAUCUGAAAAAACAUGUUUUAACACUCCAGAGUUUGUCCGGUGUGUCAUUACCAAAUAUUAGAUAUUUGAGGCUGCGGUUGUUAGAUAAUGGAAGGCCUGGUAAAGUCCUCAGAGGUCUAUCAAAUACAUUAAGGAAACUGAAAAUUCUUUCUCAACAGUCAUUAGCUGCUCAAAUAUUAUUUAAAGAAGAAGAUUUGAUGCAGACCGAGCUUUUGUUAAAUGUGUGCCAACGUAUCUCUGACUCCAGAUCAUAUGCUCCGCCCUUAGAAAUGAUUUGGGAUGCCAGCAAAUCUGCUCCUCCAAAAUCAUUAAAGCAAGCUAUAGCAGAUGCCUUGGCUUGUCCAGUUCAAAGAAUUGUGAUAGCAAAGCACUUUCCUGAAAAAUGUCAAUGGCUGAUCAUUGAUGAUGGCAGCAGUUCUAAGAAAGGAAAUAAAAAGAAGAGAUGGGGAACUGGAAAAUCAAACCUAAGACAUUCACCAUAUUUUAUAAAAGAUGGUGAUACGAUAGGUGUAAAGGAUCGGCUAAGCGAUCCAAAUGACCUAGAUGAUUUUAUGACGCCAGAAGAUGUUGAAGGACAAGAAAUUUUAAGAAUAGCUGCUGAAAAUAAAAGAAUUAAGCGCCAAGAUUACAAAAGUCCAUCCAGGUGUAGCGAGUGGAUGCUGGGUGGAAGUGAUCGAGAAUUGCCCAGACAUGCCAAAAAGUCUGAAGUCGGUAUAACGAUACAUGUCGAUGAUUUUACGUGACUUUCUGAGUGAGAAAAUAAGACGUUAAUUGAAAAUAAUCAUCUAUUUUAAAGACGGUGAAGUCCAGUUCUGUGUUUUCAUGUCUAGCAGCUUCCCAUAUUCUCAUUUUAAAAAAGCAUUUAAAGAAAUUUUUGCAUUUCUUUUUCUUUUUUCCUUUUUUUUUAUAUUUUUUUUAUUGUGUGUGUGAGUUAGCUGUAUAUAUUUUUUAGUCUCGAUCUUUCUCUUCCCCAUUGUGAACAAGGGUUCAGGGAAAUUUUUAGAGAGCAUUUAAAUUAAUUAUAUUUAUAAUAUAGCACCAAUGUGAGAGAAUACUACAUUGUAUAAAAUUAGUUAUGAUGAAAUUAUGCUAUGAUAUUUUAUUUAGAUCAAUAUUUUGAAGACAGCUCUAUUAAAGCUAUUAUUUUUAUAGUUUUUAUUCUCUGAGAGAAAUGGCAAAGUUGCUAGUACAAUCACUUAUAACACAAUUUAAGCAAGUAUCUUCUUUUUAAGUUAUGUGUACUUGUUUACAUGUAUCAUUAAUUUCAUUUUUAUUGCAUUUAGACUUUUUGUGGUGUCUUUUUAUUUGUUGUUGCACUGUACAGUGAAAAUUGUGUACAUAAAUUAGUGCAAGUUAAGGAAAUUUAAAAUUUAUAUAGCAUGUAAUAGAGAAAGUAAAUUAUUUUUAUUUUUUCUGUAAGGUGUGUAAGAGUUUUAGUGAGAAUUGUCUUUUUUAAUUUUAUUUCUACCAGGGUUGUAAAAAAAAAAAAAAAAAAAAAAAAAAAAAAAAAAAAAAAAAAAAAAAAAUUUGAAUUAUUCUGAGAAUGCAAAAGCUUUUGGAUGAAUAUUUGAAUUAUAUGCAUUCCAGUGUUGUUAUUGGUGCUAAAUAAAUUAUUAUUUGGUGCAGAAUAUUGGCCUAAUAUAUAAAAUCUUAACAGAAAUGUGUAGAACUUAAACAAGAUCUCUUUCUUGUAUGAUAAGUGAAUGUAAAUUAUUAUAUAAAGUAUUGCUUAAUUGUAUAGAGGCCAGCUGCAUAACUUGGUAAUUGUUGUUUGUAAUUGUUUUGUAAGCAGCUCUUGCUUAUAAAUAAAAUGUUUGAUAAGAAAUGUAUCUUUCUGAUUAAAGUUUUGUUUUUACUGUUU